GAUUGUUCGUGGUCCAGAUUGCUCCCACUGCUGUUCRUCUCCAGUUUCAGCAGCCGGGGUGUCCAUGCCUUGGCUAACGCUUCUACCGUAGCCGUGUUUUGGCCCAUGUCAGUAUCAAAGUCACCAGCGGUUGCCGAUGUCGAUGUCGAUGCCUGUCGUUUCGGAACGGAAGCAGGACUAUUUUUGUUUGGUACUACUGCUGUUAUCGAUAGUAAUGACGACGAUGGUGAGUAGAUAUUGCUAGGAAGACAGUAUCUAAUACAGUGAUGGGUUGGAGAAUACGCCACUCGAGGAAAAGUGUACCUGUUGUUGCUACUGCAGAGGAAUCCGGAAAGCCUGCGGUAUCGACCGCCGUUGUUCCGUUUGAGGGCAAGAAACCCGGUGACGGAAGUGGGAACCCGUUUGGAUGGAAUCAAAACUCCUAAGCAAGAAUGCCAGUAAUAACAGUAGCAAAAACAGAGAAGUGACCUUUUCUUCAUGGCCGUGCUACCAGAAGAAGAACGAGGCUGAUAUCCGUCGAUUCCGAAAAGCGUGGGUGUGGUGGUCGGCAGGCGUUGUCUUCUUUGCGCAGUGGGUGUAGUUUGUGAUCCUUGAGGCUACGGCUUGUGAAUUCAAUUAGGUACGAGAGAUUGAGUUUCGACGUGUCAUAUUUCACAACUAGGUUAUAGCACGGUCCGGCGAUGGACAUAACGUCAUGCGGUAGUUUGUUACUAAUCCUUCAUACUUCACAAACAACCGAAGAUCUCAUCGUGCCGUACCAUACGGUAUGACUAGACGUGCCGGAUUUUUUCGGUGGAGACGAAAGGUGUGGCUUGAUUUUGAUUUUGAUAGACAACAACGUUUUUCCCGCGACUGGAUUGCUCACGACUAGACUUAUUUCGAACCACGACUACGACGACCACGGUUACGAGCAGGGGUUGCGAGUACGGUACGUAGUACUCGUACUAUGUACUUCGUACUAGGUGGUACAGUAGAACGAUCCCCCGGAGAUAAGAAAAUAGAAAAUCUCUCUGUUGUGCCCUAAUUCACGCUUAGGGUUAUAGAUUAUAGAUAUUCGUAACGAAUGAAUAAAGAGCCUCUAAAUUACUACCGUACUUCUACUACAGUAAAAAAUUGUAAUGCUUUUUUCCUUUUUCCGAAGAAAAAACAUCAUCUUUGUUGAGUGCUGAGCAAAAUUUCAGAGGUGGCUGUGUGAAGAAAAAUGGUACCAGGAGUACUAACCAAGAACCGCUGUUCGGGUAUGAUUCGAAGGGAAGAGCGAGAACAUGGUCUGCUGUAGCAMAAAAAUGACAGUCAACUGGGGCAAGUUUCCAGACAAACCUCGAGAGUAGACUUGGAUGGUUCAAAAGCACAAACCACACAUUACGACUAGAUUACGAUUCGAAGAGAAACGUGAGAAAAGACACCAGAAGCAAGACUACUCAAGCAAGGUUCCGGAGAAUCCUCAAGAUUGGGUUCUAUUCCUUUCGUUGUGACGGAAUCACACAACACAUAAUCAGUCGAGUAAGUAAAUUGUAGAAUGUAUGAAUACAGUAGCAGCUACUAAUCUAAUCCGUCUGGAUAAAUGUUCUUCUGAAUAGUAUGCAUUUUCAAGUUCUGACUAUUCCGUUUCACCGUUUUCAUCUCGUUCUUAACCCUUCCAUUCCUCCAAAGAAAGAAGGGAAACCUUGAUCAGUAGCUAACACCACAAAGAAGACGACUGCAAUCAUGACAAAGGCAACGAGAGUUUUCCAUCAACUAUUGUUUUGGUGGUUUCUCCUCCUGGAUGGGAAGUACCUCUACCAUCGCUUUGUUCUUGUGAACGGGCACGCCCGAUUGGAAUGCCCACCGCCCCUCUCUGGGAAAACGGGCGAGARGGCUGGUCCCUGUGAUUCGAGCCUCGAUGAUGGAUCGGUCCCGGCGUACCCGCUCAAAGCCAACGCGCUCAACACAAUCACCUGGCUAGAGUCGAUUUCCCAUCCUGGAGCACCGGUCCGUUUCGCCCUUUCCAAAGAAAACGACAUUGGCGGAUUUGAGACCUGUCUGCUGCUGGACCACGUCCCGCACGAUGCUCUUUCCCGACCCAAUUAUCGAGACGCGUCGACGUGGCACCGAAGCAGCAUUACGCUGUGGAUUCCGGAUAUCUAUUGCGAGCGUUGCCAUUUGCAGCUCAUUUCCGUCAUGAGUGACAUCCAGCACGGGGUUCCAGCUGAUACUAAGUGCAUCUACAAGGGUGCGGCGGAGGCCGGCAUCACCAUUGCGAGACAGAACAGCGACGACAAGGAAGAAAUAGAGAGUGACGAGGAAGAUAUGAUCUGUCCCGCAGUCUACCAUUCGUGCGCUCCGGUUUCCAUCAAUGGAAGUAUCCCGAGAAACAAUAUCGACCGGUGCAACACGACGCAAUUUGAGGAGCAGCUGGAUUGGCCCCUCACGCCGUCCGCCAACGCGGAUCUCUACCAACACUCGGUAUAUUUCAAUCGAGGAGACGUCGGCCUCUACACCGAAACAGACGCCACGUUGAUUGAAAUAGGAUAUCCCCUGACGGACGUGGUCUGUACCAAUGCACUCUACUGUGACCCGGACGUAUCCUUUGAUCCUCUUUUCAAAGUGCCUGAGAACGCCUUCUACACGUCCCUAGAGGGAUCGUGCGCGGCCGUGACAAAAAUGCAGGUGGAAGCCUACCAGUCGGGUGGCAUUCUUCCCUCUGUUCCGAAGGAAGGUGAAGAUGUAUCGAUGGUCAUUGUCAAAAAYGAUGACGUGCUCAAUGACGGAGGCAAUGAUGGCGUAGACAAUUCUUUUAAUACCGAUGCUAAUGUGAGCAACUCGGCACCAAAUGAUGGCAACGCCCAUCACAACGAUUCGGCCUCUGCAUCGUUUCUGCUUCUACCAUCCAUAACUUCUACUGUUGCGCUUGCCCUUCUGAUACUAGUUGGUUCAGCUUUUAUUUGACAGACUUGCACCGAUCAAUGGGUUUCCAAGCACAUGAUGCAUACUAGAAGCAAAGUAAAUUUGUUGAUUUAAUAAAAUGUUUAGUAGUUG